GUUUAUCUGCCCUACGUUGGCCAUAACACACUAUUGUAUCAAAAGAAUAACGAGAAGAUAUAAUUUGGGACAUAGUUGUUUGCGUUGCAACUACUGACGUUGUAAAGAUGGCUGAAGAAAACGGCAAGCUGAAGCACUUUGGCUUCGUUCAUGACUAUUCACAGAAACUGGUCAGCGGCGCGGCGUUUCUGGAGGGAGCAUACAAGAAAGCAAAGCCCCUGGUUCCUCAGCCUGUACAGCCCCUCGUCGCGAAGGUGGAGGAUGCUGUCCUGGCCUACGCAGCUCCCGCCGUUACAAAGGCUUCUGACCAGGCAGAGAAGUUGCUUCGUAACACCGAUGAGCAGGUAGACCAGCUAUAUAUGGCCACCGGCAAAUUUUUGAGCCAGACCCGCGAGCUGACCGCGGCCAACAUCGACGUGUUCCGCGGUGCCUUCGAUAAGUACUAUCAGCUUGUCAGGACAACGGCUGACUACCUUGCGGCCAAGGUGGGCGGCGACAUGGCAGUGCAGCGCGGCCGCGAGGUGGUCAUGCAAGCGCUGGACAAGGCAAAGGAGAUGGCCACGGACCCUGACACUGCUGUCCGAACCGUAUACGACGCUUGGGCACAGUUCGCAGCCAUUCCUGCAGUGGCCAAAAUGCUGGACACCGCGGCCCCGGUAACGCAUAAGGGCUUCGAGACGUUCAUCGCUGCGCACGACAAGCUGGUGGCCUCCCAGCUGUACAAGCGCUCCCUAACCCUGGGUGCCAGCACCCUGGGGUGGGCCACCACCACGGUGCCGUACAAGCUGGGUGCGCAGUACCUGUACCCGUUGGUGCAGCCGGUGGCCGACCCGGCGCUGGAGAAGGUGUCCAAGAGCACCUACGUCAACGCCGCGCUCAAGUACUGGGCACCCCAGGCUGCGGCGUAGAGCUGCAGCGAGCAGCGUCUUUCAAGAGCGCUGACUUUACAUGCUUGGCUCACUAGAGUGGCUUACAACAGCGGCAAGAGCGCCUUGUUUAAAGCGCUCUCCGUCUGCUGCGCUUCAACGUGCACGUGCAAUGGGCCCAUGGGCAGCGGCGAGUACUGUGCUGCCCGGAUGUGCGAGCAAGUACCAGCUGAGGGUGUGAGGUUGGUGUGGAAGGGCGGGUCUGCAUGGGCGCGGGGCUGUCGCCCUGCGCUGAUAUAAUUGCGUUGGCUCCGUAUCUGGUGCUACAUGCAUCGUGGGUAGCGGUGCUGGUAUAAAGGUACAGCUUUGUUUGUCGCCAUUGUUUCGUCGCAUUUGGUGAGAGAAGAGAGAGGCCUCCUGCAGGAGAAGCUGAGCGAUCAUGUCACGUAUUAUUCAUAGCUUGCAUGCGGCCGCAGGGAGCGGGUGGGGG